AUGAAUGUCACGGGCUGUUCUUGUCUGACCCACAUUUGGGCUGUUGGGCCGCCCAUCGUGGGCUCUGGGCGCGCCCACGACCCUUAUGGCCCCGCCCAUGGGCCCCAGACUAGAGCCCAAAGGCCGCCCACACAGUACCGCCCAUGGGUUGUGCCGAGGUCUAGCUAUAACCACUGUUGCGAAAAUAUUGGCUUUAUAGGGCUAAGUGGGUAUGGUGGAGGGAUGUCCAAAAAGAUUGUGGCGCCAGCGGGCCAUUUCUACCCAAUCCCCGAAAAUGUUUCAUUAGAGGCGGCCUCGUUUAUUGAACUGCUUGCUGUUGCGUGGCACUCAGUCAAAAUUUCGCUUUUUGAACCUGGGAACUCGGUACUUAUUGUGGGCGGUGGUACUAUCGGACUAGGCUUAUUGCAAGUGCUGAAGCUGCAGGGCGCCAAGAACAUUAUCGUGGCAGAGCUAAUGGAUAGUCGCAAAGACCUUUGUUUAUAUUAUGGCGCAACCCAUAUAAUCGAUCCAAGGAAUACGAAUUUGGCCCAGCAGACACGUCACCUAACAGAUGGAGUCGGCGCAAAUAUUAUUUUCGACACAGCUGGCGUGGAGAAGGCACUCUUAGAUGCGAUCCCGGCUUGUCGUACUCAAGGCAAAAUCGUCAAUAUUGCCGUGUGGGAGAAGCGUCCGUCCUUCCCCGUAAACCAGUUGAUGUACAAUGAGGUCUGGUAUGUGGGUGCAGCAUUGUACGAUGAGGUUUCUUUCUUAGAAACAAUUCAAGCCUUGAGCAAGGGUCACCUGAACUCCGAAGCAAUGAUUACCGCACGUAUCUGCCUCGAUGAAAUAGUAGAAAAAGGUUUUCAGGCUUUGCUAGAGCAUCGUGAUCAUCACUGCAAGAUCUUGGUGGAUGUACAGUCCUGA